AAAGUUAUCUCGAGUCUCGAGUUUCAGAGAAAUCAUAAUAUGACCAUGGCUUUGACAUGGCUCUAAUUCUGAUUUCUUUUCAGGAAUGCAAGUGUUUUGAUCGCUGUGUGGGUUGCUAGUCUAUCAAAGUACCUUAAUGAAUUCUUACCAACAAUUUUUUCGCCGAAGAUUCUCUUCAAAUGUCAAGGAUGGGAUAUCAUCGAGUGUUGUUCGGAGUCGGUUCAUCGACUUCUUCUCAGAAAACAACCAUAACUUCAUCAGAUCCAGCUCUGUUGUACCUCGGAAUGAUCCAACCAUUCCUUUUAUCAAUGCCGGAAUGUGUCAGUUCAAACAUUUUCUGUCUGGAGAGAUGGAACCGCCUUUCAAAAGGGUUGUAAACAGUCAAAAGUGCAUUCGAGUGAGUGGGAAACACAAUGAUUUGAAUGAAGUUGGGCUUGAUGGCCACCACCAUACAUUCUUUGAAAUGCUUGGCAACUGGUCUUUCAAUGAUUAUUCAAAGGAGACUGCGUGUAAAUUAGCAUGGGAACUACUAACAACACCUCCGUUUUCCUUGGAUACAAAAAGAUUGUAUGUCACCUAUUUCGGUGGCGACACAUCACAGUCAGUGCCACCGGACAUCGAAACUCGUGAAAUUUGGAAGAAAAUCGGAGUUCAACAAGAUCACAUCAUUGCUGCUGGCAUGACGGACAAUUUUUGGGAGAUGAGUAGGAUAGGUCCUUGCGGUCCAUGUACAGAAAUACUUAUAGAUCGAAAUCACAAAGAGGGAAAAAUUCCAAAUCUGUCUGAGCUGACAGAGCUGUGGAAUAUUGUCUUCAUUCAAUACAACAGGGAAGAAGACAGAUCUCUAAAGCUUUUAGAAAAUUCUCAUGUAGACACCGGAAUGGGUCUAGAAAGAGUGCUAGCAGUGUUGCUCAAUAAAAGCUCAAACUAUGACACCGAUCUUUUUAUCCCACUUUUCGAGACCAUUCAUAAGGUAGCUGGUGUGAGGAAGUAUGCAGGAAAAUUUGGAAAAGAUGAUGCAGAUGGCCUUGACACCAUUUAUCGUAAAUUAGCGGAUCAUUGUAGAAUGGCAACGGUAUCAUUGGCUGAUGGAGUAUUUCCAGAUAUUAAUCCUAAACUAAAAAGGAUUUUGCGGAAAGCUCUCACCAUGCCAACAAAAUAUUUUGGGUUUGACUGCGGAGAAAACCUAGUAGUGGAACUCAGUAAAAGGGUUGCAGAGUCGUUAGUUGUGGCCUACCCGGAAAUUCAAACAAAUUUUCAACAAGUAGUGACACUUAUAAAUCAUGAAGCUGAGCAUUUAAAAUCACUCCAGAAAUCUUCCAACGCAGAGUGGAAUCGUUUGUUAGCCUUGCAUCCAGAGCUAAGUGCAGUGGAUGUCCAAUCAAUGCUCGGAAUUACCACAGCCUACAAAGAUACGCAGAAACAAAUGGUAAAAAGGAAUGUGAAGAGAGGAGACUUCCUGCCUUCAGACUUGGUUGUGAGACUAUUCGAUACAUUUGGUCUGGACUUGGAGGCAGCGCACGAUUUAGGCAGUGUGCUUGGUUUCAAGAUUGACUUCAAUGAUUUUAAUGAAGAGUUUGGUGGGUUCAAAAACAGCAGCAAAGAAAACACAGCGACCAUUUUGAAACAGUCCAAAUUAUUGUCAAACGAAUCUCUCCAAACACUGCAGCGGCUUUAUCCUAAAACUGAUGACUCCUUUAAGUAUGACUACAGGAGGGUUGAAGACAACUGUUACGCUUUCAACAAACUCUCAUCAAAUCUACUGGCUGUGAUAAAUAACGAUGAUAUCAUAUUUAGUGCUAAUUCCCUCAAUGAGGAGGGGAACGGAAACGUAGCACUGCAACAAGUAACUCUGCGAGAUGGCGAAGAGUUGAGCUUUAUUUUUGACAGAACUUGCUUCUACUACGAAGCAGGAGGUCAAGAAAGUGAUGUAGGAUAUAUUCUCUUGGAAAAUUCUGAUUCGCACCGAGCGAAGAUCUCCGUAAUGACUGUGAAAAAUUUCAAUGGCUUUGUGAUCCAUAGAGGCCGAGUGCAGCUGGAAUCAUCAACAAGCCAAUUUCCCCUUCGAUCCUCUUGCUCUGCCACUUUGAUUAUCGAUGAAAAUCGCAGGCUUGGAAACAUGAGGAAUCAUACAGCUGUUCAUAUUUUACACGCUAUUUUAGGACAGUCACAAAGAAUUGUCGCCCAGCGAGCCAGUGCAGUUUGUUCAGAUGCUCUGAGGCUAGAUUUCAACUUGUAUGGAUCCAAGUUAACGGUCGCAGAUAUGGUGUCUAUUGAGGAUCAAUUUAAAAAAGUCAUACUAAGCUCGAUUCCGGUUGAAAGGGAGGUCGUAGGUGGUGAUAAAAUUUUUCUCGAGGAUAUCAAAUUGUUGCCAGGGGAAGUUUAUCCCUUUGAAACAAUAUCUACCAUCAAGAUUAAAGAUGGUGAAUUUUUUUCAAAGGAAGCCUGUUGUGGCACCCAUGUUCUAAACACCAAAGAUAUAGAGGCUUUCGUAAUCACAAAAUGCAAAACUCAAAGUAGGAUGAACUCGAUAUCUGCCGUGACCGGGGAGAGCGCUGUCACUGCAAGUGCAAAUGCAGACCGUGUCAAUCUCAAGAUAGAAAACUUCAAAGCUAGUACCAAAAAUUUAAAUACCGGCUCGCAAAGAGAGUACCAGGACUUCUUGAAAUACCUGGAGUUUGAGCUUAAAAAUAGUGUCAUGCCUGUGAACUCAUACAAUGCUAUACAAGAAUUUAAGGAAAUGGGUUUGAAUAAAAAACUAAAAGAGCUUUGUCGAGCAUCAGUCGUCGAUGAGCUUGUGGCGAACAUUGAAAACUUUAGCGUGAAAACGAGCGAUAAAUUUACUGUACAUUUCUUAUCGACUCCUCAACCUUUGAACCAGAGAAAUUUAUUAGCAAUAAUAGAAAGAAGUUUCACUCGUGAUCAACCUGCCUUUAUCUGUGGUUUUACUGGUGAUUCAGUUUUGGCUAUUUGUAGAGUGCCUGUGGCCUGUGUUUCUGAAAACUUCAAUGCCAAAAAAUGGAUGGAUGCUGCAGUAGAGACCUUCAUUAAACAGAGCGCCAAACAAGAUAACGAGAAAAUUCCUUCAAGUCUUAAAAAAAUCAGUGAUGAAGUAAUUCUCUUUGAGAAGUCAGUAAAAUAUUCAAAGCAAAAGAAAAGCGAAAAUGCCAAGCUCAUCGCUGAAAGUGCUGUAGCGAAGGCUGAAGAGAUGUUCAGUUAAUAGUGAAGGUGAGAUUCGUCACAGUGAAGUACAAAUAUUCUUUUAAAAGUCUAGUUUUAGGCAAAUUGGUUGUUGGAAUAUCACUGCAAUGAGCUCUCUGCAACCCAAUCUCGUUUGAAGUUCAACACAUUCACUCAUCGCUGUGACCAAAGCUGGACCGUAUGGUUCAGCGUAAUUGAUGAUGCAGUUUAGCCUGAAACUUGAAUGGGCCACCAGAUGCCCUUGAGAAAUUGAGCACCACAAUAUCAUUCAGUUUACAACAUUCCGUGCUGAGGAAGAACGUUAUAUAAAUAUGCGAGAGUUGCUAAAUUUCCCCAAAUUAACGUGACUUUUUGAGGAAAUUUAUGAAAAUUUUUUCAUGAAAUUUUCAGUUAUGCAUUUCAUAUCAAAUUGUGAACAAAAUUGCCCGAAAAUUUGACCAAAAAAUGUACUAAAUUUUCCCAGCAUAUAAUUUAUUUGUUGUUGAAAUUUCAUGUCUUUAGGGAUGCAUGAAAAUUUUCCAAAUUUAACUUGCUAGUAAGAAAAAAACAUUUUCCACGCUGGUCGAUUUUUUAAACCUCUCGUUUGCCCAACAAACCAAAAUCUACUAGAUAAAAAUCGGAUACCGAACGGAUUUUAGUAUCAGUUACAACGGAAUUUCUUCUGUGACAAGUUUUCAUGCUAAUUGCAUUGAGAGGAGGGGUAUACCAAAAAUUCAUCAUUUGUCAUUCAGACCAGACUGCUCUCAACCGUCAAUUUUGGUUUUUUCACCAGAAAGAAAUGGAAUCAAUUUAUUUUAUUGUAAACUGCAAACAUUCCUUACUCCGCCAUGAGAUGAUUUUGGAAUUUUUUGAUGUUUUGAAUGUGUGUAACAUGAAGUUUUGAUGCAAAAAAUAUCUCAUUCAGCACUUUUUUACCCUGACUCGUGAAGUUUGUGUCAACUAUCUCAAUUCAAAACGUUUCGAUGAUAUAUUUCGAUGGGUGAUCUAAGGAAUUUUUAAAGUUUCUUGCAAGAAGAAAUAUUUGCUCUCUAAAAAGAGUGCUAAAAUUGUUUUAAGGACACAAUAUUGAACAAAAGAAGGUUAUACAUUUGUUGUGUGUAUUGGUAAUGAACAAAUAAAAUAAAUUUUAAAAAAGUGUUUA